AUGGAGCUGAACGGGAAGAAGAAACUUCAUGCUCUUUCCUUGGCAGAGAAGAUCCAGGUGCUGGAGAUGCUGGAUGAAUCCAAGAUGUCCCAGUCAGAGGUGGCUCGUCGCUUCCAAGUCUCCCAGCCCCAGAUCUCCCGCAUCUGCAAGAACAAGGAGAAGCUGCUGGCUGACUGGUGCAGCGGGACGGCCAACCGGGAGCGGAAGCGCAAGCGGGAGUCCAAAUACAGCAGCAUCGACGAGGCCCUGCUGUGCUGGUUCCACAUCGCCCGCACCAAGAUGUGGGACGUCACGGGGCCCAUGCUGCUCCAGAAAGCCAAGGAGCUCGCGGACAUCAUGGGCCAGGAGUUUGUGCCUAGCAUUGGCUGGCUGGUGCGGUGGAAGCGCCGUAACAACGUCUGCUUUGGCCAGCGGCACCCGGCACGAGCAGUCCAUGCCCCGGAGCCCCCGUGCGACAAGGGGCCGGCGCCGGCUUCCCUCAGCCUGCCCCAGCUGCUGAAGGAUUUUGCCCCGGAGAAUGUUUUUGGCUGCGGGGAGGUGGUGCUGCUGUAUAAGGCCAUGCCAGGCAGGGAGCGGGAGGGCAGGGAGCGGCUGUGCGUGGCGCUGUGCGUGAACGGGAGCGGCACAGAGAAGCGGAAGCCCGUGGUGAUCGGCAGGCGGCUGGCUCCGCGAUGUUUCUUUGGGGUCAACACGGAAGCUUUGCCGGUCCUUUACCGCAGCAGCGCCGAUGGUCAGCUGACACCGGAGCUCUUCUCAGAGUGGCUGACGGACUUUGACCGGGAGAUGGGCCGGCAGCACCGCAGUGUGGCGCUGGUGCUGGACGCCGAGCGGCACUGUCCCAAUCCGGAGCCUGCCAACAUCCGCCUGGUCUUCCUGCCCCCGCGGCCUCGCCACGACGACGGCCCCUCGCCUUGCCCGCUCCAUCCUGAUAUCGUCCGGGAUUUCAAGUCCCGCUACAAGUGCAGGCUUCUGGGCAAAGUGUCCUCCAUCGGCAGCGAGACCAACAGCUCCCCCGCCUCCAUCGCCGCCUCCAUCACCGUGCUGGACGCCCUCCACAUGGUGGCGGCCGCUUGGGACAAAGUCCAGCCCUCCCUGGUGGAACGGUGCUUUGGGGAGGCCGGCUGCUCCAAGGGGAAGGGGUCCCUGGGGCCCCCCAGCCAUGCCCCCCCCAGGGGGAUGAGCCUGGAAGAAUUCCGGCGCUUUGUUGAUGUGGAGACAGAGCUGGCCUGUCCCCCAGCCCUGCCCCCAGCUGGGGCCUAUAAGGAGGAGGAAGAGGAGGAGGGGGAGGGAGAGGACCUUUUUGGCAGCCUGCCCACCAAGGCCGAUGCUCUGAAGGCCCUGGGGACCCUGCGGCGCUGGUUCGAGUGCAACGGCUCGGCCGAGGGGAUCUUCCAGCAGUUCUACAGCUGCGAGGAGGAGGUGGAGCGGCUGUGCUGCCAGUGA